AUUUCUUUGUGAGCGAUAUAUCACGAAACUUCUCCUAUAUGCCGAUUAAGAAAAUAUAGCAUCGAAUUGUAGUUUCUAUAAUAAAGAGCCAAAUCAUCACAGCCGAAGAAUAAAAUAUUACAUCAAAUUUAUUACAAAUAAAAAACAUUAUUUAUUUUUCUAAAGAACAAAUUUCAUUUUUUUUCUCUUUAUUCGGUUAAUAAGAAGUUAUGAUUGUUGUUAUUCAGCCAGGUUCUACCUAUUUGCGGAUAGGAAGAUCAUCAGAUCAUUCUCCCUUAAUGAUACACCAUUGCAUUGCUCGAAGACAUAAGAAAGUUUCUCAAAAAAAGGAAUAUUUCAACUAUUAUAGGGAAUCAGUGACGGAUAAAGAAAAUACCCUACAAGAUAAGGAAAGAGGAAUAGCAUAUGCUGAAAGUUUACUGGCCUCCAAAUACAUGAGUAAUAAUUCGUAUCGACAACCAACGUCAAUAAAAAAACAUACCAGUGCCAAUCAAAAUGAAGAAGUUUGUGAGAUAUCUUCUCAGAAAUCCUCUUUAACUGAUUCAUGUUUUGAUAAGGAGCCUGAAUAUAUUGUUGGUUCUGAGGCUUUACUGUUAUCUCCGGAUGCUCCAUAUAACAUACAUUGGCCGGUCAAAUGUGGACGAUUAAAUCUUCAUAGCAAAGUAAAUGGGGGUAUUACGGGCGUACAAUCUGAUUUGACAGAUAUUUGGAAAUGGGUCCUGGAAAAUCCGAUGAAACUAACGCCUGAAGAAAGACGAAAGAGUCGGGUUGUUGUUGUUGUACCUGACAUAUUUGAAAGAAUUUACAUAUCAACUAUAGUGGGUAUUUUGUUGGAUCAGCUGGAGUUCACUGAAGUAUUUCUGCACCAGGAAGCAGUUUGCUCAGCUCUGGGUGUGGGAGUUAUAUCGGCAUGCGUCAUUGAUAUGGGUGAUCAGAAAACAAGCAUCACUUGUGUUGAUGAUGGUAUAGCCUUAAGAAAUUCGAGGCUAACUUUAGAAGUUGGAGGAUCAGAUAUUUCUUUAAUUUGGCAUUGGCUCUUAAGAAAGUUAGGUCUGCCUUGGGAUCAGUUUGAUUGGAGACGCUACGAUCAUUUUUUACAAUUGCAAUCAUGGAAAGAGCAGUUUUGCACUCUUGAUCUGGAUGAUCAUGGAUCACAUCUUCAGCAUUUACACCUUAAUCUACCUAAUACACGCCUGAAGAAGUUUCAUUUGUUGAUGGGAGACGAACGCCUAUUGGCACCAAUGGCAGUCUUUUCCCCGAGUCUGUUUUCUAAAUCAAGUCACAAUAUAAGAAUUCCUUCUAAAUUACCAUCGAAUUGUUCUGAUGAUCCAUUCGACGAUGUUUUCGUCCAGCAAUCUCAAAUCAGGGGUCCUGGAGCUGGAUCAGAAAAUACUAAGAAAGCAAAAAAGAAAAUGAAUACUGAGGAAGAUUUAGUCGAAACUCACCAUGCCGACGAUGAAGAUUCUUGUGACGUUGUUGACACUCAAUCUGUGCACUCUUUUGAAGUGGGAAAUUCCAAUUUGGCAGCAGUUUCCAUGCCUGUUGCAAUGAGUGGUCAAAGUGGUCCUGGACGACCGCCUAAACCAAAAAUCACAGAUGACUAUGAUCCAAUCACCCUGACGGAUUUUCCUUCUUUACCCCAAGCUAUUGCUCUUUGUAUAGGCAAAUGUGAAACUGAAGAGCUACGGCGUAAAAUGUGGUCAAAUAUUGUUUUAGUUGGAGGAGGUCUACUUUUUCCAGGUGCUUCCAAUUUCUUACAGCAGUCAUUAUGGCCCUUACUGCCAGCUCAUCUACAGCUUCAACCCGAUUCUCUUGAAGUUCUCUCUCACCCAAAGGAUGUUGAUGCUAGACUUGUUGCAUGGAAGGCUGCAACAGUUUUGUGCUGUUUAGACUCUGCUCAGGAGUUAUGGAUCUCAAGGACGGAGUGGCAGGACUUCGGUACCCGAAUUAUCAGAGAAAGAGUACCAUUUGUUUGGUCUUUAAAGAAAAAUCCUGGGACUAAAUUUGUUAAAUUCGAAACAGAGAAGCAUAUAAAGCAUGGAAAAUUGUUCACGGUCAAUUAUGAUAAUAUUUUAAAAUCUUGCAAUGCGGCUGAGCAAUUUGAAACAUAUGACCCAAUUAUGAUGGAAGGUUUGGAUAAAUGCCUUCCUGCUUUAGCUGAUAACAACGAUCUAAGACCAAUGGGACGUAUUUUACACUGCUAUAGAAUACAAGCUGCCCUAAAAUCAAGAGCCUCGAUUAGAAAAUAUCUAUCGCUUAAUCCUGAAAUAAACUCUGAACCAGUUAAUCGACCUGUUUUCAUUAUUGGUUUACCCAGGACUGGAACUACUCAUUUGUUUAACUUAUUAUCACAAGAUAGAAGGUUUAAAGCACCCCUAACAUGGGAAAUGAAUUUCCCAGUCCCGCCGCCUUUAGGUAACGAAAGUUCACAAGACUCUCGAGUUAAAGCUACUAAGAGUAUGUUUGAGACUCUGGUAAAAAUUUAUCCCUCAAUCAAAUAUACUCAUGAUUUGCAAGCAUUAUCACCAGAGGAAGAUGUUUGGAUAUUAGAGCGCUGCGGAAUUUUCUCAGAAUUUGAGUAUUAUUUUAAUAAUACCGAAGAAUAUUCGAAUUGGUACAAGUAUAUGGAUGAAGCUAAAAUGAUCGCAAGGUAUCACUACUACAAACAAGAGUUACAAUGCAUCGGAAAAAAUUAUGAUAUGAAACAAAGACAUUGGUUGAUUAAAUGCAGAUUGCAUCUCUUUUGGCUUAGAUCACUGCUGAAAGUGUUUCCAGAUGCUGUUCUAGUUUGGACUCAUAGGCCUUUACAAAAAUGUGUCCCAUCUUAUUGUUCUUUAGAGUAUAUUUUUUCUGAAGUUCAACAGAUAGACCUACCAAAUAUGGAAGCAUAUAGAAAAAGAGUGUGCAAGCAUUUAUCGGAUCUUGCGAAUGAAGGCAAAAACAAACUCGAAAAAGAGCUAGGAAAGAAAGCUUCUCCAUUUUACGACAUUCAAUUCAAUGAUUUGUGCAGAAACCCCCAGAGAGUUUUAGAAGAUUUUUACAACUAUCUAGGUUGGGAUAUCAGCAAAGAACUUCAAAAAAAGUUUGAUAGCUAUUUACAAAACAACCCAAAGGAUAAGCAUGGAGUUCAUAAUUACUCUAUGCAGGAGUUUGGCAUAGAUGAAAAGAUGUUGACAGAGGAAUUUAGUAACUACAUGGAUUACCAUAAAAAACUUUUCUAA